CUCUCCGCUGGCCGGCGAUUGUUUAAAUUGCUUUUCUAAUUAAUGCGUCGGGCAAAUAUUUGUCAGUGCAUGCGUUGCGAUAAAAAGAAGCUCCGUGCUGAGGGUUGGGAGUCCAAGUUCUUGGCCCGCCUUGGCCACUGGGAAUCUGAUUCCUUGCCUUUCCGGCGGCGACGACGCGUGUUUUCCAUUCGCUGUAUUCCCUCGAUUCGCGUGGUCGAUUGCUUAUAGCCGUAUACAAGUAUACACUUUUCUCUUUUUCGAGCUGUCACGUUUCUCUUCUUUGGCCGUCACUUUGACUCGAAACCGGGUGGCUACGUCAUCAUAGAGUUGCGUCACCAAUCGCUCUUUAUCGCCUCUCUUUGUCAUCGGCUAUUUGGCAGUCAGUUUCGUUUUGCUCCGCUCUUUGGACAUGAGCGCCGACUUGGAUAUCCUGGACGUGGUGGCCGGCAGCGAGGGUCCGCCCUUACAGGCCUUUCGCAACAGCAACCCCUUCGACGAGUCCUUUCAGACUCCGGCUCAGCACGACUUGGAUCUGGAGCGGGACAGAGGCCGGGAUGCCAAUCACACACCGCUGCAGCUACUGCGGCGGGCAAGCGAAACGGUUACCGCCAGCAUUCUCGAGCCGGAGAAGGAGCACCUGCUGGGCGAGCGGCCGCAACCCCCACCUCGCUCCCACGGCACCCCGAUGCCAAUGUCGGGCGGCACGGAAGCUAAGCGCGGCAGACAGCAGCCAAAUCAGAGGCAGCUGCAGCAGCAGCAGCAGCAACAGCAAUUCAACAGCAGAGCUCUGGCGCCAGGUGACAGGAUGACGCAAGGAGCUGGCAACGGCAACGGGAGCAGUGUGCCGCAGGGAACACAAUCGCAUGGCGACAACCUGCCCACUCCUCCGCUGCAUACCAAAUUAGACAUACAGAGGAUCCCGGAGGACGCAGGCGGCGGAGAUGCUACACAAAACGCUGCAACAAUAAUUUUAACGCCGACAUCAUUAAAUUUAACAAAUACAACACAAAACGUUGCCGCCAACAAUGCGGGCUCCGGCAACGGCUCCGGCUUGCCAACUCCGGGCGGAGUUCAUGGCGACGAGUACAAAGGACCCCAGUGGUGGCGUUACUUGGUUCGGCACUGGGUGAACACUUCUGAGCAUGUGGCUCUGCUGGCCAUUUUCCUGGGACUCUGGGCCAUGGCCUGGGUCCUGCUGCCGGACUUCUCAGAGCCGCAGACAGUCAUCAUGCGCAUUGCAUUCCUCUUCGUGGGCGCCCAGAUCUCUGGCAUCCUGGUGACCUUCAUCCACCUGCCCGACAUGCUGGGCAUGCUCUUCUUCGGAGUCCUCUACACCAAUCUGGGCUUCGCCAAUUUCCAGGGCUAUCAGCGCUUUGAGCUGUUUUUGAGGGAAAUGGCCCUGAUCAACAUCAUGCUCCUGGCUGGUCUGGGACUGGACGGGGACGCCUUUAAGCGUCUGUGGUUCAUGAUACUCCGCCUGACCCUGCUGCCCACAAUAGUCGAGGUGGCGGUCAUUGCCGGACUGGCCUACCUCACCCUCUCAAUGCCCUGGCUGUGGGGCAUAGCUUUGGGUCUGGUCAUAACCGCCGUCUCCCCGAAUGUGGUCGUCACCGUAAUGCUCAAGUUGAAGGAGGAUCGCCUGGGCCUCAACAGCGGCAUCCACACGCUCAUCUACGCCAUGACCACAUGCAACGAUGUGGUGGCCAUCUUCAUGUUCGGCGUGAUAAUCAGCGUAAUAUUUUCCACGACCUCGCUCACACAACAAGUGCUGCAGGGACCCAUUGGCAUCGGGAUUGGACUCGUUUUUGGCUAUCUCUACGGCACUAUGCUCCAGUACUUGCCGUCCCGCAACGCGACCUACGCCAAUGGGCUGCGCUUCGUCCUGACCAUCUUGGGAGGCACCAUAGCCGUGAUGGGCAGCCGCGUCAUUGGCUAUACGUCGGCCGGCGCCCUGGGUUGCGUAACGACAGCCUUUAUUGCAAGGAUUGGCUGGAGGCGGGAGGAGAGCAAGCUGACACCACAGCAGCUGCAGGCCCAGCAAAUUGCAAGUGUGCCCAAGCGCCUGGACCUCCUGUGGAAGUUCCUCAAGCCCGUCUCCUUCGCCCUCAUCGGCAAGGAAAUUAAUUUCAACGUGCUGGAGGGCCAUGUAAUCGGUUAUGGGGCCUUGUUGGUGCUCGUCGGAAGUUUGUUUCGCUUGGCUUUUGCAUAUUUAUCCACAUAUGGCGGAAAUCUGUCGAGAAAGGAACGUGCCUACAUUACAAUUUCCGGUUUUCCCAAAGCAACUGUCCAAGCUGCCCUCGGCCCGGUGGCUUUGGACUUGGCCCGAGCUGCUACCACGGCCAACAACGAUCAGCUGGCACUGGCCAGCAAUGUCCUCAUCAUCUCGGUGCUGGCGAUUAUCUUCACAGCUCCAUUGGGCGCCAUACUCAUGCUACGCCUCGCUCCUCACUGGCUCAAGCACGGCGAUGCCGUGGAAGCAGUGGACUCCCCGACCACGCCCACGCCAACGGCCACGGGCCAGGUUAGCGCAUUCAAGAGGACAUAGCAGCUGGAGGAGUGACCCUAAGGAUCUGGUGCUGACCCUUCGUCGAAAGUUGUAAUCCAAAUGUGCCGAUGCCGCACUUAGCUAGCAAUCCUCUCAGUACUUAUACUUAUGUGUACUUAGUCGCAUUCGGUAAAACGCAGUGCAAAUAAAAGUAACUGCUUAAAGUUA